AUGAUGUACAAAGCUAAGCAAAAGGCACUGAAUGAUGCUCACAAACAGUUAGGUAGAGAACCAGAGAUGAGUGAUAUGAUUGAUAGAGGUCCUUAUUGGUUGAAUAAUCAAUUAUGGAAUGAUUUAGUUCAGAAGUAUUGGGCCUCAGAAGAUUAUUUAGGAAAAUAUCAAACUACCCGAAAAAAUCAUUUGACUAAAAAAGAUGGUUCGAUAACAAAACACACUGGUGGUUCUAUUCCUGUUGGGGCACAUAGGCAAAAAAUGGAAAAAGAACUUGGUAGAGAAGUGACUGAUCUUGAGCUAUUUCAAAGAUGUCAUAGAAAGAAUAAAGGAAUCGGGGAGUUCAUCAACAACAAAUCCAAAAGAAUUAGUGAAGAAUACCUUGAAAAAACGGGUUGUACUGAUGUUUCUUCACAGUCUUCAUUUAAUAGAAAAUUGCUUGAAAUUGCUCUUGAAGAAGUUCGAAAGAGGGAGGAAGAGGCUCGAAAGAGGGACGAAGAGGCUCGGAAGAGGGAGGCAGACCUACAAGAACUUGUUCGAAAAUUACUUCAAGAUGUGGGAUACACAAAACCAUCAAUUUGCUGGUGGGUCGGGACAACAGGAGCAACAACAUUCCAGGAAGGAUAAUUAGUUUAUUUUUUCUGUUGGUUGUUUAUCACUUAGUGUAUGUUGAUUUGG